AUGCAAUUCUACGAUGAAUCUCAACGUAUUCUCUCUACCAAGAAAUUCAAUCUCAGACAAUGGAAUACGAGCGAUCCAUUACUGAAACAAAUCAUCGAAACCGACGGUCGAGCAAACCCCAAAGACGACGUUUCAAUUCUAGGAAUCAAAUGGAAUUCCGCGGACGACGUCCUACAAGCCAAACAACUACGCGCUCCAUCAUUUGGACCGUUAACUUCUAAGCGCGAUAUCGUAGCCUACUGUGCUAGCUUAUACGACCCCCUGGGAUAUUACUCACCAAUUCAAGUCCGUGCAAAACUCAUAAUUCAACAGUUAUGGUUGACUAAUCAUAGUUGGGAUAAACCGAUCGAGUCAGAAUUAUUACCGAUAUGGCAAAACACUGCCGAAGAUCUGCGGACAAUAACCGACUACAAAAUGAACCGCAAGUAUUUUGCUGAUAAGCCAACCAACGUCGAAACACACACUUUCACCGACGCGUCAACAAAGGCCUACGGAGCAGCCGUGUAUUUGGUGUCCGAUAAGGAAUCCGCCUUAGCCAUCGCAAAGACACGCAUAGCGCCUAUAAGCAAACAAAAGUUGACACUUCCACGUUUGGAACUGAUGGGAGUCCUAAUUGGUACCCGACUUGCUCAAUUUGUUGAACACCGUUAUGUCAACACCACAGAAAACCCGGCCGAUCUAGUCACUAGAGGCGUUUCACCGACAGAACUGAUUAUUUCCAAGUACUGGUGGCAAGGACCCAAAUGGUUGACAAAUAAAGACAACUGGCCAAUAUGCGAUUUAUUUGAACCCGCUAAACAGAAAUCUAAUCGCCAUGUGAAACAUAAUACUACAUCAGAAAUCACCUCGUCUGAAUCAAAUGUACUACACGCGGUUACGACUUCACCCAAUUUUGAUCGAGAUGAAAUCACCGCUCACUUCGAGUCGGCCACAAUAAGCGAACAUUUCAAAGUUAACUCUGCCGAACCCAAAGUGAUACCCAAAGUAGCAAGUUUCAACGCCGACGCAGUAUUUCAUAUUGACUCUUACCGCAAUUUGUCACAUUUAAUGCGUGUAACAGCUUAUGUUUUGAGAUUUAUCAAAGUUCUUAAAACUCGACUCAACUUGAACGCGCCAAUCGUCUCUGAUACAGAGAACAGCGCCCAAAAAUCAACGCCUGACGCCAACGAGAUGAUAACAGCCGAACAACUGUGGAUUAAAUCCAUUAAACGUCAAUAUUACGGGGAACUCAUUGACUGUCUUGUCAAAAAUAACUCGCAUCUCGGCGCUCUCCGUAAACAACUCAAGUUAUUUGUGGAUGACAAUCAACUGAUCAGAGCCGGUGGUCGCAUACAAAACGCGAAUUUACCAAUAAACACGAUACAUCCACUACUCCUACCCGGUAAACAUCAAUAUACUACUUUAGUUAUUCGCGACGCACACGUCUGA